UGAUUUUGGUUUGAGAGCUCUGCUUGAUUUUUCUUUGGUUAAAAGAGCAUUUUCUGGCGGACCUUCCUGCUGUUUGCUUCAAGAAAUGACCCCUUCCUGCAAUAUGGUAUCAAGUUAAAGCUGGGAAGCUGAAAGUCAAGUUAAGAGUUUUCAUUAAUUCAGCACUAAAUGGGAAAUUCUAAAGUUGCACUCUAUAUCACAAUAUGUGUGGUUUCUUUUGUUGUCUCGAAGAUUGUUAUGACAAUCCUCUGUUACCGUAGAUGGAAGAGAAAGCAAAUGGUUGUUCAAGACAGUUUAUCUGGUGGAAAGCUAGUGAUGUUUAAAUCAUCAAAAAUGGACACAUUGAAAUCCAACAUGUUGUUGAAGAAAACCAUGAAGCUGACCAACAAAGAUAUUAUAGGAUCAGGAGGCUAUGGAACAGUCUAUAAACUGACAAUUGAUGAAUCAACUUCUUUUGCGGUAAAGAGGUUAAACAGAAUAAGUGCAGAACAAGACAGAGGUUUUGAAAGAGAGUUGGUGUCAAUGGGCGACAUAAAGCAUCGAAAUAUAGUGACACUUCAUGGAUACUAUAGUGCAAAUCAGUAUAACCUUCUCAUCUAUGAGCUUAUGCCUAAUGGUAGUUUAGAUCAAGUACUUCAUGGAAAAUCUGCUCCUAGGAAGAUUUUGGAUUGGCCUUCAAGAUACAAAAUAGCGGUAGGAGCUGCAAGAGGAUUAUCAUAUCUGCAUCAUGAUUGCAUUCCUCACAUUAUCCACAGAGAUAUCAAGUCUAGCAAUAUCUUGCUGGAUUAUAGCAUGGAGGCUCGAGUAUCUGAUUUUGGACUAGCCACUUUGAUGGAACCAGAUAAGACCCAUGUUUCAACUUUGGUAGCUGGAACUUUUGGAUAUUUGGCUCCUGAAUAUUUUGACACUGGAAAGGCAACAGCAAAAGGAGAUGUUUACAGCUUUGGAGUUGUUUUACUGGAGCUUCUAACUGGGAAAAAGCCAACAGACGAAUCAUUUUUAGAGGAAGGAACCAAGCUUGUAACCUGGGUGAAGGCAAUUGUUCAAGAGAAAAGGGAAGAGUAUGUACUUGACAGAAACUUAGAGGAGUUUCCCAUAGAAGAAAUUAACCAUGUCUUUACCAUUGCAUGGAUGUGCCUUGAGGCAGAGCCAUGCAUAAGGCCCACCAUGGCUGAAGUUGUUAAAAUGCUUGAGCAAAUAAAAGUAAAUGCUUUAGCAUGAGAUUCUUGGUGUUUCGCUUUAAUGUGAAUUUCUCUCAAAUAAUUCAUUGUACUUUUAAUGCUUGGCUUGCAUAAUGCUUGUUACCGGUACCAAUACAUGGAAACUAAAAAAACAAUUUUUUCCAA